AUGGCUGCUGUUAAUCUGGUUUUUUCAAAAUAUAACGAGAAAUUCUUUUCUUAUGGAUAUACGAAUGAAAAUUCAGGUAAGGGCUUGCUUUAAGUGUUAUAUUUUUAGUCGAAUUUUGGUUUAUGAUGUCCCUAGCGCCUUGCUAGCGCUAUUUGUGUGUGAUACUUGCACUUGACAGUCAUUAGUUUCCGCUGUUUUCUUGUUUUUAUAUUUUUUAGGUAACAAACUGCUAAAAUUGUUGCAAAAUACCUUUAUUUAUUGCUGCCUGGUUAGUUGUACUCCCCUCGAAGCUCUCUUUGAUUUAUCUUAGAUCUUUCUUCAGGUCCAGUCAAUGUUCUUGAUUAUUUACUGAAUUCUCAACCGAUAGUUGCCGAAGAAGACGAAAAAGAAGUGCCAUUGGUGGAAGUGGAGUUGGAAGGUCGUCUUGUUAUCAAAGAAAAGUCCAAUGGAGGAGAGGAGCUCCAACUGGUUGGUGGUGGAGGUUUUGUUCAAUUGGAAUUGGGCAAUGUGAAUGGAUUUUCGUAUUUCUCCGGAAUGGUAUGUAUAAUAUAUUUUUUUUGUUGAUUCUGCCUUUAGAUUGAGCUCCAAGGCGCCUUAAAUGAUAUUUUUAGAAAGUCAGAGUCAGAUGUGUCCAAACGAGUCCAGGAGCACAUUCCGCACAGAUCUUGUCCGUGUGCCCAUUUCCAUCUUUACCUUUAGCUCAAUUGAACGGCGAUUUUGGUAAGCUAAGUUCGAUUUUCUUUUGUUAUCUUGAUCUUUAGAUUUUCUCCGAGUCUUCAUGGGAUUUGGCCCUCUUCUGAAUGGCGACAGCUAUGAGCACUUUGAUUAUUUCUUGAGCAAAGCCGCCUGUUCCAGCGCGUCGGCUCUGAUUUUGGUAGGAGAAUAUAAAUUUUGAUUCGUUUCCUACCAAAAUCUAUUUGAUGAUCUAUUCUGAAUCUCUUUUUUUUUCAGUCAGGGCCUUUCUACAACCCAGCGGAGCCAAACAAAGCCGUUGAACAGACUCGAAUCACGUUUGCGAAGAUCGUAGAGAAGUUCAAAGGUCAGAAGACAAAAGUUUUGAUCCUUCCCAAUGCCAAUAAUGAUGUGUUGAGCACGAAUACCUUCCCCACGCCAGCCCAAAAGCCAAGACUUCUUGGACUUGAUGCUUUACCGGAGGUAGGACUUAAUUUUUGUCUAGUGUAAUAUAAUUUUUUGAACUUUUUGAAAAAUCAGUUAUUGAUGAAGCCGUUUUUAUCCUCAUGGAUUAACAAUCAGGUUUUUUUCUUUUCAGAACAUCCAAUUUCUCCCGGAUCCGGCGAUUUUCACGUUGAAUGGGAUUUCUUUUGUCGCCACAACAACAGAUCCCCUCAAACAUUUGGCGAAACUGGAAAGGUAUUGCGGAGAAUUGGCCAGUGGAAGUGAUCGGAUGAGUAUUUUGUGCGAACAUUUGUUGCAGUGAGUUUUUUUUUUUUUUUUUUUUUGACUUUUUAGGUAAUAAUUUUAAAAAAAUUUUUUGUAAUGGAUGUACGAGUUAUUAAAACGGAAUCUGGAGGUCAUAGCGACUUUUUGUGGCAAAUGAUAAAGCGAUUUUCGUUUCAGACAACAGUCAGCGUGCCCAGUGACUUUUGGCCCAGAAUCUGAUGUCAUGGUGAAUAUCCAAGGUAAUCAUUUCUCCCAACGCCCUCAUUUCUUCAUUGUCCCGUCGAAUUUAGCCCCACUCAAGCGCGUAAGUUGGAUUUUUUGUGGUUAAAAUUCAUUUUGUCGGCGCAAAAAGUCCUUGGAAUUUUGCACCGUGCAGAUUUGCUCGUUUUGGCGAGUCGCUGCGAAAAUCGCGAAAAAAGUGGGCUGCACAGUGCAUUUGACCCAAAAACACUUUUUGCACAGUGCAUUCUUGUUUGCUUGUGCCUUACGUCGCGCGCGAUUCCAAUUUUUCACAGCGACGAAUCAUUUUUUUCAGAGCGCGACAGAAAAUGUGAAAAAACCGCACGGUGCAAAAUUCCAAGGACUUUUUGCGCCGACUGUUGUGACCAAAGUUGUCUGUUUUGCAAAUUUGGUGCCUAAAGUAAUGUAAAUUUUGGCUGUAGAACGUUCAAAACACUGUGUUCGUGAAUCCCGGUCGAUUUUUAUUUGGCCAGAAGGUGCGAUACACCAAGCUUGACGUGAAUAUCAAGAGAGGACGAACGAAUCACGCCGAUUCCGUUGGAUUUAGCGAUUUUAGCUCCGUCGACAAUCGAAAUGAACCCAUUGUGGAACAAAAACCAACUCAAUAG